AUCAAACACUCUCAUCCUCUAUCAUCCCACUUCCCCGUCUCAGUCGAAGCUCUCCCCUUCCUCCUCGCCAACUUCCUUCUCCUCCUAAUCUCUGAUCUUUCUCCUCCCUCCACACUAUGGCCAUUUCUGGUACUCCCUCGAGAAUUCUUUUUGGUUUCUGCCCGCCUGUCUCGCAAACCCCCAGUGCAUCCGCGGCACCUUGCACUUCAAUUUUCGCUGGAGAAAGGACUUCACAUUGCCACGAGGGACACAAGCUUUCUUCCCUCAUUGGAAACGCUGCUGUCAGGCCAGGAACUGCUUGCCCGCUCGAUGCUGCGAUUCGUGUGCUACAGCUCAAGUCUGACCAUGAGGAGCUCUGUCUGGCAGCCAACUCGAUCGCAAACUUUGCGCUCAGGCCCGAGUUUCAGAGGAAGCUCGCUACCUAUCCCGCACUGAAGACUCUCGUUGACUGCCUCCUGAGCACAGAAGACGAGUCUGUGAAACGGUUCCUCAGCAUGGCGAUUGGCAGACUUGCUGCAAACCGAGCGCUUGUCUCCAACCUCAUCCAAGAUCCUGAACUCGUGGACGCGCUUCUUAAGAUCGCAGCAGACCAUUCCUCAGGCAACUGGAGACAGCCAGCCCGCACCCUUGCGAUCAUGGCGGCGAAGGCCCCGGAGGAAUUGCAAGGAAAGUUCUGUACCUCGUCGAUGCUCGCAAUCAUCAAGAACCUCCUUGAUGUCGAGCAGACGGAGAUUCAAACGGACGCCAUCCUUGCUCUUGUUCC